AUGUCAAAUCCGCCGCCCGCUCCCGAAGACUCCUUGCCUGCCCCCCUGGUAACACCUGCUGCGCCAGCCCAACAUGAUUGCUCGGCGGCCGAGCCCUCGCCGGUCAACCCACGCCACCACUUGUCGCAGGACCAACAGUUGUUGCCCCAGGGGGCUCAACAGGAGGCCCAGUCUCCAUCGCGCGCCGAGUCCCCCACCGUCCACACCGUCCAACAAUGGUCCCAGCCCGCAUCAACCUUCGCCCUCAAAAGAACGCAGACCUUACCGCUGGAAAAACCCUCCCGCCCCGAAUUCUUCCACAGUCCUCAAUUGUCCGAACGAGACAGCAUCUUUGCAACACACUACCUGCCGUCCGAGAGCGGCGCCAACACCCCCCAAUUGCCGCCUGACAAGGCCGCGGAGAAUGACAGUCAGGUCAACCUGAUACCCGGCCUCGAUGAUGUGCCCGGAUCUCCAACUCCUGCCUCCAAGGUCUCUCCCCUCCGUUCUCACGUCGACUCUUCCCACAUGGAAGUUGACGUCCGCAGACAUUACCCAUUGCGCUCCACCUCACUCUUUUCAGCUUCUGAUUACCCUCGUGUCUCUCUACUCCGCUCAUCAAUCUCGUCGGCUGAUCAGCGCAAGGGCCAAGAAGCGGAGGUCAAUGUUCAGCAGGUGUCCCCAGUGCCAUCGAAUGAACCAGGUACGAACUUGAACACCGAUGGUUUCUCUGAUACCCGCACUGAAAGCAGUCUCCUUCCUUCGGCAAUAGACAAUGUCUCUCAUUCUCCCGGGUCGUUGACACCGCCUGCAGGCUACGACCGGCCGUCGGUCGGCUCUGAAGCUGUACCUUUCCCUCCGUACACUGAGACCGGUCGCGGCGUCACGCUGGAGCGGAGUUCGAGCCGAGGGCGCCGAGGGCGUGUGGACAAUUCUAUCGAAGCUAAUCUGACCAACGCCGAGCCUGCCUCUAAUGUGCGCAGCCGAAAGUCCAGCCACUAUCUGGGUCUUUUCAAGGAGAAUACGACUUCCCCGGACCGCAAGCGUUGGGAGGACCGUGAUCGAGCCCGGCUGCACGAUGGGCAUGGGCAUGCUGAUUUGAGCUCCACUAUGGACCAUGAUCAUCAGACCCUGGAGCUGCCAUCCGAUGAGGAUGGAUUGCUUCGCAAGAGUAUCUCCCUCCCGUCCCUGAGCGACGGACAAACAUUCGGCCCUCCAACAUCCGCCGAGCAAUCCCAACAGCCAGAGCAUGAAGAUCCCUUCAAGCGUCGUCCUCCAACUUUGCCUCGCAGUCUUUUGGAGGAGAUUCGAAACUUCCACCUCACCCCCGGUGGAGCUCGAGGCUCUUCUUUCUCUAAGAGCAUCCCAACCCAGUACGCGGAACGCAGCCGUGAUUAUUUCCAAGCCGAACCACAUGUGGAGCGGUUCCCCGAGUCCCUGGGCUCCCUCGAUGAGGAGGAGGAAGCUCACGGUUCGCCGCAAUUCGAAGAUGAGGAGGAAAACGAGCAAAUUAAGUCCGCUGUCUACUUCCCUCAUGAACGGGUUGCUGUGCCAGAGGAGACGCAGGGGAAAGAGCCGUUGGCAGCAGAUCCACAUAGUGUGCAAACAGUUCAGAUAUCUGCCGCAGAGAAAGGCCAUGAGCUGAUGUUGGUACCCCAAGAGCGUAGUGUGUCUGAGCAGGAAGUUGGGCAUGUGGAUAUAUCUUUUCGAUCUAAAAAUGAAAGUAAGAUCCUCCACGGCGAUCUUUCGGGUCUCCGAUCCCCGACAGAACGCGCCCCAGAGAAGACUCUGAGUACGAUUAUCGAGCGGGGCUAUGAUUCUACUUGUGACUCUGAGUCCGUCUCUGCAGACGAGAGCGUGCACUCCGUGCCCGAUGAGUCUAGCCUGACCGACGAUGCCGAUGCCGAAACCCCAACCGCGACGCCAACGCAACGACCACACUUUACUCCAAGGCGCAAGUCUACGGGUCCUCUCGGUGCAGUGGAGUUGAAACCCUACCGGCAUCAGGUUGGGGGUCACACGACUGUAUUCCGUUUUUCUAGACGUGCAGUAUGCAAACAGCUCAACAACCGUGAAAACGAAUUUUAUGAGCGUAUCGAACGAAGGCAUCCUGACAUGUUGCUAUUUCUGCCGAGAUACAUCGGAGUUCUCAAUGUGACUUUCUCGAAGACAGCUAAACGGUCAAAAGGCGUGCUCGAUAAUGCAAGUGCAGCAUUGCCCGAGGCGAACCAUACGAAUGGUAUAGCAAACAACAACUCCCAUGUUCUUGAAGCUCCGGAGCCGCAGCGGAUUGUGAGCCAGAAACAGAUUACUGGCGUAAUCCCCAAAGUGAUCCUCGAAAAUAACCGACACAUCAUCCCCGCUGACCUUUUCGGUCGUCCCCAGCGAUUGAAGAUUGCGGAUGAUGCUUUAAUGAGUCGGCCACGUUCAGCCGAUGGCCUUGAUAAUGUGGCUACCGACUCUGACCCGGCAUCCGUCAGACGGCGAAACAAUAAGAUCUGGGGUGCUACGACUGUGAACCGAAAGCUCCAGGAACAAGUUCUCCGGGAGGUAUUCAGUCCUCCUGCAAUUCAUCAUCACCGUCGACACCCCCGAGGCCAUCUGCGUCUGCCGAGAGCGGCUUCAGAUAUCCCUUAUCGACGUGGAAACCUGUCAGAGGACCACACUUCAUCCAGUCGUCCAUCUGCGUUGACCAGAGUGUGUACGACGGAAAGUUCGGCUUUGGAUAUCGAACCUGCAACCACAGACAGCAUGCCACUCUCUUCCUCUGCGUCAACUGCCUUUGAAGACAACCGCACCCGAGUUGAACAAGUCAAAACCGAUGACCAACUCAAUAGAUCGGCUUCUCUCAACCGUGUCGCACACUCAAGAAGGCGGCACUCGGGCGGUGGGCUUCAGAGGCGAGGCAGCAUCAAUUCGCGCAACAACGGUGAACUCCUAUUUUUCGAUGACGAGGGCUACGGCGGCGACAAGGAAGAUGAAAUCUUCUCCAUGGAAGGAGAUGCUCCGGUCUCUUCAAUUACCGCACCUGUCUCCCCAACACCCAUCGAAGCUCCAGCUCGUGAACAUGAUUUCGGUGCUUUCACAUCGCCAAGCAAAGUUCUGAACGCAGCAGCCGCACUGCAUUCCCAAGACAGUAUCGAUGCCCACUUGCCUAGUAACCCCAAGGAUGCCCAGCUGAGGAAAGACGAACGGGUUCAGUUUUUCCUACUCCUGGAGGAUCUGACAGCAGGCAUGAACAAGCCUUGUGUUCUUGACCUCAAAAUGGGUACUCGACAAUAUGGCAUUGAGGCGAACGAAAAGAAGAAGAAAUCACAGCGACGCAAAUGCCAGUCGACGACCUCUCAGCAGCUGGGCGUUCGUCUUUGUGGUAUGCAGGCUUGGAAUGUUAAAAAGCAGGAGUACAUCUUUGAGGACAAGUACUUCGGUCGGGAUUUGAAAUCUGGCCGUGAAUUCCAAGAUGCCCUCACGCGGUUCCUCUAUGACGGCGUCAGCUACACUAGUGUAGCAAAAAAGAUCCCGGUCAUUUUGGAGAAACUGUCUCUGCUUGAAAACAUGAUCCGAAAACUGGACCGCUACCGGCUAUACGCUAGUAGUUUGUUGAUACUCUACGACGGAGAUCAGUCAAGCCCUUCUCAAAAACCUGAUGCUCCGACUGGCGAACGACCGGGACCGCAACGCCGGAACUCCGAAGACGGCCACAACAAUGCCAACGUCCAAUUGAAGAUCGUCGAUUUCGCCAACUGUGUCACUGGCGAAGAUGAGCUUCCUCCUGACACACCAUGCCCUCCCCACCACCCAAUGGACAUUGACCGCGGCUAUCUUCGUGGUCUUCGGACUCUCCGGAUGUACUUUCAACGCAUAAUGAAAGAGAUCACGCAGGACGAGUUUGUGGAGCGCGGAGAGGGCGAGGCAAUUGCCCUUGGCUCCCAACCUGCCGUCCGCGAAAUGCCCUCUGACCAAUACUGGGAUGAGAGCGUGGAGACUGAUACAGGGGAGGUCAGUUUCUAA